CCAUUUUGCCAUCAUAUGGUUGGAUGUCCUUGAUGGUAUCAGAGGAGCCCUACCUUUUGGAGUUCGGUUAUUAUACCACUUUAACGAAUGUGUCCUGGGAUGGAUAUUUUUACAGAAUGCAGUAUGACGAUUAUGUAAUAAUAACACAGUCAUUAACAGGAAAGCCAGACAGAUUUGUCGUAAACAAUAGACAAAUAAACGCCUUGAAUGAGACACUUGAUCCACAAAUGCAUUACCAUGGUGACUGGGAAUACAACGAAACUACAGGAAAUAUUACUUAUCUUGUGUCUUAUCGACAGCAAGCGAACCAGAGAGAUGAGGGACCAAAAACUAUAUAUGUCGCUCUCGAAAUCAUGAAGUGUUUCUUUAUGGGCUGCAUUACACCGACAUAUCCACCUACAACAACACCAUUACCUACAACAUCUGCACCAAUAAUGAAACUGUAUUGGUCCUCGACGGCGUCCUGGCCGAACAACACGCUUCCUGUGACUGGGGAUGACAUCAUUAUCUCACAUCGAACCUGGAUGAUAGUCGACACAGAUAUACCGAACCUUAACCUCGUCACAAUAUACGGCGUCCUGGAGUUCGAUCACGGCCCAGAAAAUGGUGUUUACCGGAACUUUACUUUUAGUGCAAAGGAUAUAAUCAUAAUUGGGGGCAGACUCAUAACUGGAUCACCUGACAAACCCUUCCUUGGUCAAAUGGAUAUCAUAUUGAGAGGCCGCAGACACGAAUCGGAGACAUAUCUGGACUAUUCUAAUAUUCCUAUAAACUCAAAACGGAUUGGUGUUUAUGGAGGUCUACAUCUGCACGGCAAAAAUCAAAACAUUUCUUGGACAAGGUUGAACGCAACUGUAUACCCCGGAGCCAAUAUAGUGAUUCUUGUUGAUAGUGUAACCUGGGAAGUUGGUGAUGAAAUUGUUAUUGCUCCUACCAGUUACAGUAUCUGGGAGACGGAAUCAUUCAAAAUCAUCUUAGUAUCUGAGGACGGCUUUACGUUGACACUAAACGACUCUCUUCGUUAUAGACAUAUAGCUCACGAAGAGACCAUCAAUGCUAGACAUGUUGUCAUGGCGGCUGAAGUUGGCCUCCUGACCAGAAACGUUCGGAUACAUGGGGAGCUAGAUGGCUGAUGAUACAUAUGGUGGACAGGUGUAUGUUGGAACGGCACAGGUUAACAAUGCAUUAUAUCAAGAUUACGCCGGCCUGAGUAACGUGGAGUUUUACCACACAGGCCGGACACAUUUCAAUCGCGUUACAAAUAAACAGUUUUCCCUGUUGUAUCGGAAUGCUGCUAGAGUCACUCAAAAUACAUCAUCAUCUGUGACCAAAUGUUCUUUCCACAACACAUUCUCUCCUGCCAUCGGAGUGAUUGGAACAAGCGAUCUCGCUCUGAAAAAUAAUGUUUUUCACAAGUCAACGAUUCAAGCAAUUGAAACUCAAUCCAUUAACACGACGGUUCGAGGAAAUCUAGUGGUAUUGGUGCAUGGGAGUAGGCCCUCUAUUGGAACCAUACAUGGGAUGAGCGCACGGAAGUUGAUAGUGGAGGAUAAUCACGUAGCUGGAACAGACGGCACUGCUUUCCGCAUCCCUGGCAUUGAAUGUGGAGCUACGUCGGAUUCAGAUGGAAAUGAAGCACACACUUCUGGUUUAGGUGCCGCUGUAUAUCCAGUUGAUAAUUUAUUACAGAGUUCGUGUUAUCAACUUUCAAACUUUUUCGUAUGGAAAUGUGGCAUCGGAAUUUAUUACAAUAACCGACUGUCUGUUGUAUUGCGGAAGAAUGUAGUUGCAGAAAACACACUUGGAUUAUACAAUCAAAUUGUUGGACCAAGCUCGGUUGAUCACCUUUUUGCGCCCAAAUAUUGUAAUAUCACUGAUAGCCUUGUUAUUGGCGCAACAUCGUCGUUCAACUGUGCAUAUGACGGAAAUGUUUCUUCAAAUAGUUUUACUCGGUAUAACAAGGGCCACGUUGGAAUGGAUUUCACUUCGUUUAUGCAGGGAAGUAACAGAGCCCCUUGGAAUUCUUUAGUCGGAAUCCAGACAUAUCCUGCCAUAAUGGGAGUAACAAAUAUUCAUAAUGUGACGUUUGCACAUUUUAAGACUGUAUGUGGCGUAAGAGAUUUUAUGCUGACUACAAACAAAGCUAAUGAUGAUGGUCAGCAUCCUGUGGUCACUUCACGGAUCAAUGUGUACCAGUCAGAAAACAGCAGUUAUUUCUUGAUUCAUCGGCCAAACAUUGAAAAAGUCAACCUGAAUGAUUGCGUUGACAUGGACUGUGAUGGACUGAAAAAAGCCUUAAUAAAAGAUGACGACGGAUCCUUUCUUGGGACAAAAGGAGCAGUUAUAUCUAAGUCGGAAUGGCAGUGGAACGGCGACACAAGACGGGGUCUCGGUGACUAUAGAAUACCCCGCGAGAUGCUGACAAUUGUUAGUGGAGAGCGUAUCAAUGUCAGUACCAUUGCACCACACAAAGGUAUCAUACGCAAUGACAAGUGUCAGUACAGAAGCACGUGGCAGGCUUAUGAAUGUCAUGAUCUUGAUUAUCAUAUGAUGAUUAUUGAAAGUCUGGACGCGGACACAGAGACCCGGCGUCUCUCGCCUGUCGCGAUUCUAGGAGACGGAUAUCUAGAUCUCAUUAAUGGACCUCAAGAUCACAGCAGCUGUACACAGCCGACAUGUCACAAACGGCUCUCCACAUUUAUGUCCAUUGUCGCCACAGGAAAGCAGUACGUUGUGUACUUCAGCAGUACAAGUCCUAAAACCCUCCGACUAUUCCUGUUAAACGCCAAUGAACACGAAGCUGUGACUGUUGGUGUCUGGUACUCUCAGUCUAACCGGCGAGACGUUUACAUGGAUGAUGACCUUGUCCAAGCGAAAAAUUCAAGGAUGGUAAACGGGAAGUACAUAGUUGAUCCUCCAUCAUAUGCUGGAGAAUAUAUUCCUAUAGCCAAUUCCACUGACCAGACAGGAUCCAACUUUUUUGAUAGAGAUACUAAUAUAUUAUACGUUUUAGUCAAAGGAAGCUCGCCAGUAAAAAUUGUAACAAACCCUAGUUUUAUAGUAUCAUUCCAAAUACCUGCGUUAACAACAAAGGAAUUCUACGGCAAAACUUUGAUACAUAAUCUGGCUUUAUUCUUCGAUGUUCCGCCGGAGAAGAUCAGAGUCGUCAAUGUUGUAAGAGAGGCUGGAAGAAGAAAACGUGAUACAUCAGAAGACAUGACCAUACAAGUAGAAAUAGGCGAUCCACCAACCGCAGCUGCAAAUGCAACGGUCAAUGAAACCAUGACGACAGAUGCUCUGAUGAAUAUGUCAGCUAAGUUCAUCAAUGAGGUUCAGGGUGGUGGAGAUAUCAGUGAAACCCUAAACAUCACUGUCAAAAGCAUUGGCAUCAACGAACCAAUUCCCGAACUCGAAGAGGAAAUGCCAGAGGACCUCAACGAUACUCCAAAACAUUCUAAAGGAAUACUUAGAGUGCCAGAGACUAUGAAGUUGAUAGUAGAACCAGUUCCUACCCACGAAACUGCCUUACUUUCAACGCAACCAUGCUUACGGUUUUUCGAUGAAGAGAAUAAACCGUUGGAGAAGCUAGGCUCCAUAUCUGACCCGUGGAAGGUAACUGCAUCUUUGUCAACGAGUUCUUCCCAACCUACAGCUUGUUUAUACGGCAAAACGACGACCGCAAUAAUCGGGGGCUGGGCAAACUUUACGGACCUUCGGAUAUUACAAUUUGGCACAAAUUUUUCCAUUGACUUUACAAAGACAUAUCCUGUCAGCAAAAAACCAAUGAGAGCCAAAUCCAGUUUAUUUUCCGUGGGUAAAUUAACGUUGAGAACUGGAAUCAAUAUAUCAACAGAAGCAUAUUUCAUCCCGAACGAAACUGUGGUACAUGUAUAUCUUAUAGAUGAUGAAACUGGAGAGCGGAUUACCAACAUAGGAUGGAGGGGCCAUGCAUGGAGGGCAUCUAUUACUGUCAGCAACGAGACUGAUGCCACUGUGAAUAUGACCGGUUCAAAUGAGGCGUUAUUCGAUAAUGCAACUGGUGAAGCCGUGUUCAAUUCCUUAGCCUUCGACCAGCUUGGUAUUUGUUAUUUGACGGUUUAUGUCACAUCAUCGCCUUUAGAGUACGCCAUCUACGGGAAAGUAAAGGUUCAGCUUCUCGAUGAACAUCAAGCUGAUUUACUAAACGAUAACACAACUGUUAUCACAAAUAUGACAAUGGUAUUUAACGCAAACUAUAACGAAGUUGUAGGUAACAAUAGUGACCGAUUCGGAGAUAUGGUUGUUGAUUACCUCAUCAAGAAAUACCCGGAUGUAUUGAUAGAUACAGUGACGGUUUCAGAAGGAAGCAUUAAAUUUUCCUGUUGCGUACACGGAGACCGGAACGCAACGAAUUCCACGCUUUCGACCAUUAUUGAAGAUAUCGCUUCCGGUUUAAACUUUACCUUCAAUGGUUUUACUAUUAAAGUGUCGGAGGACAUAUAUGCUAACGGAAUACUUCUGAUUCCACAAACAUUAGCAAUCCUCCGACAAACUACCUUGCCAACCGAAAAUGAACAAACGACGCAAACAACUGAGAUUCAAACUACUGACAACGAACAGUCUACUUUGACGACUGAUGACACACAUACCACAACAAACAGUGGAUAUGUUACCGAUGGAGGACAAUUCACUCAUACGACCGAACCCAGCGUCCAUACAACCACUAAACAACAAAACUCGUCAGUGUCUCCUUCCAGUGAGGGGCUGUCAAAUACCUACCUGAUUGUUAUCGUCGUAGCGCCGAUGGUUUUUCUUUUAGGUAUUAUAUUCCUGAUCAUCUACUUCAAAUCAAAACGACAGCAUAAUCCGAAGCAAAGGGAUUUUCUGAUGAAAAACCUUACAGGGGAAUUUGAUAACAACAGAAAGGACACAACAAAAGAAAAUGAACAUUCAUUUAUCUCGCAUUCGAUUUCUGAAAAGAAAUCCGACCAGUUUUUCAUCAUGUACCAAAUGGAUAAUUCAGCUUUCACGUCAUCAAUCCCGCGGGCAUCGGUUCUAGGAAGUAUGGUGUCAAACAAAACUGCUGGUUCUACUAUCCAGGGAUGUUACAAAUCGUCCAGCAGUGAAUUGGAUCUAAGUUCCCUUAGUUACUACACUGGUAAUGGAAACUGGAAGUCGCUUUCAGAAGCAAACUGAGGAAUAUUGAACAGGUCUUGUGACAUAACAAACUCAAAAUACAAGGAGGAUUGUAAAUAACUUGCAUUGUGAAAUAUCGUUAAUAUUGUAACAAAACUAUUUGUAUCUUACUUAAUUUAAGCUUUAAUGAAUCACGUUUCAAGAAGACCAUAAAACUAUCUGAAUGACGAUUUCAUAGAAUUCGAUGUAAAUUCGCCUUUUCUAAGCGUAAUCAAUAUAAACAAACGUAUCUUGUCUGCUUCACAGUACACUUUAUAAUUAGAUAAAUUCAUAUGUUUUAAGUUUAAAAUUUUGGCCAAACGCAUUUUUUCCUAAGCGUGUUCAAUUAAGACAAAAGUAAUUCAUGUUUUUCAGAGUACACAUUAUAAUAAGAAAAAUUAACAUAUAUUUUAAGUUAAGUUUCAGUCCUUCCAGAAUGGACCUUUUUAUGACAAUUCAUUUAUUGCCAUAUCAUUGUCGUAUGUAUAUCUCUAUUUCACUCCAUAAUCACCGAGUAAUUCAGUGAAAUGAUAUUUUAUAUAUGGAAGUCAAUAAUGCAUAUGUUUAAUUCAAUUAAUCGAUAUCUUUAAAAAGUGUUUUAAGGACACAAAAAUCUUUUUCAAAUUUUGAAUUGGUCAUCAAUUACAAUCUUUGCUGUUAGCUUACAAAUAUUGAUUUCUCCAAUUAUAUUUUUGAAGUGUACCAUUACACUUUUAAGUAAUCGAUAUUCAAGAAUGAUUUGAUGUGUCAAUAAUACCUGACAUUUUCAAUACAUGUUGAUCUGGAUUAUUAUUCUUGUGAAUUUCAAACAGCAACCAUAGCUGCUGUCUUUUGGCUCAGUUUCAUGACGAAUAUGACAUCAAAAUAAUGAUUUCCCAUAAUUAAUCGAUAUAUUGGAUUCAGUGUGAUUUAGGAAAUUAUUUUUGUAUCUAAUUCUUUAAAUAUUUCACGGUUGCCUUCGAUAAAGGUUCAAUAACUAUUGUAAAUGUAAUAAACAAUAUCUUGAUAAUAAAACAUGUGCCAUCCAA